AGCAAGCGGAAUGAGGAAGAAGAUAAGCUUCGUCUUGCUCGCGUCUGCUGUGAAAGUGAAACGACGAUGCCACGGCUAGUCCUCCCGCCAGCUAAAACCCCUUUCCUCUCCCCCUUCCCCGCGUUCCCGCCGCCGCCACCACCUCGUCCUCUCGGCAUCCGCAUAUCCGCAGCCGUCGCGGGGAGGGGCAGCGCUGGGGAGGACGCGGCGGCGGCGUCCGGGACCACGGCGAGGGAGCGCCGCUUGGUCAAGGUGCGGGAGGAGCGCCGCCGCCGCGAGUACGACCGCGAGCACACCUAUCCCGGAUGGGCCAGGGUUCUGGAGAAUGCCUGCAGGGAUGACGAGGAGCUCCGCGCCAUUCUCGGUGAUAGCAUCGGAAACCCAGAGCUCAUGAAGCAAAGGAUCCAAGAAAGGGUGCGCAAGAAAGGCAGGGCUCAAUUCAAUAAAUCCAAGACAGGGUCCAUUGUUUCUUUUAAAGUCAGCUUCCGAGACUUCAAUCCGUUGAAUUCAUUCAUUUGGUUUGAGCUCUUUGGAGAACCAACAGAUCGAGAUGUUGACCUGCUUGGCGGUGUAAUUCAGGCUUGGUACGUCAUGGGAAGGCUUGGAGCUUAUAAUUCUUCAAAUUUGCAGCUGUCCAACUCAAUGCUGGACUAUGACCCUUCAUAUGAUUCUGGCGAAGCUUCCUCGGUAUUGCCAUCAUCUUUCCAUGACAUCAGUGAUGUCGAGUUCCAAGACAAUUGGGGCAGGGUUUGGGUGGACCUCGGAACCUCGGAUUACCUUGCAUUGGAUGUAUUACUGAACUGCCUAACACAGUUGAGCUCAGAGCACGUGGGCAUCAAACAAAUUGUUUUUGGCGGCAAAAGAAUGGGCGACUGGGAAGAGGGCAUGACGAACUCUGAUUAUGGAUACAAGCACUUCAAGAUAUAAUAGUUCACGGGUGACGUGUGAUGGCGAUGCAUCAGGCAAAACCGGUUCGUCCUUGUCUGCUAGAGAUUUUGCACCUCUGGAUGGACGUACCCAUAGUGGCAGAAAAAAUUUGCUGGUGACUGGCUCAACUCAAGAUUGUGCCUAGAUUUGGAUCUGCUCUUGUAUGUAAAUAAUCGAUUUUAUUAUAGGUUGUAUUAUCGUAACAGCACUGAAUCCAGCGUUCCAAAAAAAGGGUUAGAAAAGAUAAUGCUCAAAUUAGAACUAGCGGAGAGUAAGUAGAAAAUAUGAAUAAUUUUGAUUGGUGUUGUUUGAGACGUCUUUUUCUGUAUGAUUGAAAUAUGGGGGCUGCAAGUUGAUGUUUUGGCUGCCUCGAAAGUCGAAAGUAAGGAACAGAGUCCGUAAUGUAGGAAAUUCUUGAUUUCGCUC